UAGGCUAUAUCUACUAACAAACUAACUAACUUAAAAUGUUAAUACAGGUCUAGAUUAAUAUAGGACAGCAAUAUUCAAUUUAUUUGCUAUUUGUUUAAAUAACAAAAAUGCCUAUUCAUAAAGUUGGCUAAUAGAAUCGGAUUUUUAUGCGUUGGUGUUUCUCGUGGUGUUCGAGUGACGCAUUGCUCGAGUUAUCUGGUCUAGAACAGUCCUAGCUUUCCGUGUCGUUUUCUAGGUUAGAAAAAUCAAUUUGUCAGGUCUGCACAGGUGCUUCAUUAUAGCGCAGGUGGUGAGGUCAUGAUUUUUAUGCGGUGAACAGAAACUUACCGGAACACAAAGAUUUCUCGGCUAAAGCGACAAUGCUAAUAAAUGCGUUUAAGGAAUUACCAAACGUCGGAAAGCCAGACCGAAAUUAAAACCUAAACAGAAAUGCUUACAUUGCUACUUGUGCUGUGUAAUCUUGGAUUUUGUGGACAGUGUGCGUUUGCAAGGAACACUGAGAGUUCUGAUCUGGAAGACAAGAAAAAUCCAGUGUUUGCGGAAGGGCAGGAGGCAAGUACUUUCCUAAGACGCCAUCUGUUGUACAACCGAUUCGACUUUGAAAUCUUCACUCCUGGUAAUUUGGAGAGGGAGUGUGUUGAAGAAAUAUGCAACUACGAGGAAGCACGGGAGGUCUUUGAGAAUAUUCCCGAUACAGAUGCUUUCUGGAAGAAGUAUACAGAAGAUCACAAUCAAAAGCCAUCAAAACUUGAUGUGACGGCCAUUUUGGUGGGUGUCAUAGCGGGUGGAAUAGCCAUCAUCAUAGUGGGCAUCCUCAUCUGGUAUUCUUGCCAGAAAAAAUGCAAACAUGAUGGUUUCUCUGGUCCCAUCAGGACCCGGUCUAGGCGUAGUAAUGCCUCAGUGAUCAUCAGGAGGCUGGAGGAGGUCUCUCUGCACCCCAUAUCUCCCCCAGCCUCUUCGCAUGGCAUGGACGCACACGGUCUCCCCACUUAUGAGCAGGCCAUUACUAGGACAGGCCCACACGAUGCUCCGCCACCACCAUAUCCUGGGUCCAGAGGAGGCACCCUUCAGCGAUAACAUAAACAUUAACUGGUUAUAGCAGGCUUGAGUCUAUUCCUAGAUUGAACCAUAAAAUGUAAUAGUAAUAAUAAUUAAUAGUAAUAACUGCCAUUCGUGUGAAUUUCUACAGCACUCAUGGCCACUAAUGUUGUCUUUACAAACUUUACACUAACUGGCAUAUUUUGGCUUCAUUUCUAUUUUUUUUUUCAUAAUAUUUGUUAAUAAUAAUAUUUUUGUACAUUUUCAGUGACUUUAAAGCAGCUAAUUUACCAGAUACUUAUAUUUGUGAAACAGGCUACACUGUAUGACUUUCAAGAAUUACAAUAAGCUUACAAUUUGUUUGAGUGUUUUGAUGAAGGAAAAUAAUUGUAAACAUUUGUCAUGCAUUACUAUGUACAGAGCUCAUUUGCAGCUUGCUAACUCCUGACUUAAUGAUCAAAACCAGAUUUAACUUUUACUGUGAUAGGGGCAGGUUAAUUACGUGGCAGGCUACUAGUAGCAAUGAGAAGGCAUAUACCUCUUUAAUUCACUUUUUUUUUUAAUAUAUAUAAAUUUUAUUUUUUGUCAUUAUUAAAUUCUGCAGAUACUCUGAUAUGUUGGAUCUUGUAAAACUACAGCUAUUAAUGCUGAAUCCGUUUAGAAGAUAUACGUUUCUUUAGGAGAUAUGAUUUGUUUUUAGCUCCAUGGAGUGAGUCAUCUAAACAAUUGUUUUGACAGUCUCUGUGUUUCAGUAUUGGCUCAUAUUUCCAUACGUCGAGGUAGCCAAGUUCAUUAUUUGUUUAUUAUAUGUGAAUUACUUAAUGUAUUUCUUAACAUGAUUAAUUUGUUUGUCUGGCAUUCUUCACGAACAAUUGUGCAUUUCCUUAAAAAUAAAUAAAUAAUAAAUAAACAA